AUGGCCAGUGGAGCCUGUCAGGGCUGCGAAGAGGAAGAGGAGGAGGAGGCUCUGAAGAAGUUGAUUGUCAGGCUGAAUAAUGUCCAGGAAGGCAAGCAGAUCGAGACGUUGCUCCAGCUCCUGGAGGACAUGCUGGUGUUCACCUACUCUGACCGCGCCUCCAAGUUAUUUGAAGGUAAAAAUUUCCACGUGCCUCUGUUGAUUGUCCUGGACUCCUACAUGAGAGUCUCCAGUGUGCAGCAGGCGGGGUGGUCACUCCUGUGCAAAUUAAUAGAAGUCUGUCCAGGGACAUUGCAAAGCUUAAUAGGACCCCAGGAUAUUGGAAAUGAUUGGGAAGUGCUUGGUAUUCACAGACUGAUUCUUAAAAUGUUAACUGUGCACCAUGCCAAUGUAAACCUGUCAAUAGUUGGACUAAAAGCCUUAGAUCUUCUCCUAGAUUCAGGUAAAAUCACCUUGCUGAUACUGGAUGAAGAAUGUGAUGUUUUCUUGUUAAUUUUUGAUGCCAUGCACAGAUAUUCAGCUAAUGAUGAAGUCCAGAAACUCGGGUGCAAGGCUUUACAUGUGCUGUUUGAAAGAGUUUCCGAGGAACAACUGACUGAGUUUGUUGAGAACAAAGAUUAUAUGAUACUUCUGAGUACAUUCGGCAGCUUUAGAAGGGACGAGGAGAUUGUGCACCACGUACUCUGCUGCUUACAUUCUCUGGCGGUUACUUGCAGCAAUGUGGAGGUCCUCAUGAGUGGGAAUGUCAGGUGUUACAACAUUGUGGUGGAAGCCAUGAAUGCAUUCCCCACGAGUGAAAAGAUUCAGGAGGUGAGCUGCUCCUUGCUCCACAAGCUUACAUUAGGUAAUUUUUUCAACAUCCUGGUGUUGAACGAAGUGCAUGUCUUUGUGGUGAAAGCUGUCCGGCAGUAUCCCGAGAAUGCAGCCUUACAGAUCUCUGCACUCAGCUGUUUAGCGCUCCUCACUGAGACUAUUUUCUUAAACCAAGACUUGGAGGAAAGAAAUGAGAUUCAGGAGCACAGCGACGAGGAGGACAGUGAGAAGCUUUUCUGGUUGGAACCCUGCUAUAAAGCCCUGGUGCGCCAUCGAAAGAACAAACAUGUGCAGGAGGCUGCUUGCUGGGCACUAAAUAAUCUCCUGAUGUACCAGAACAGUUUGCAUGAGAAGAUUGGAGAUGAAGACGGCCAGUUCCCCGCGCACCGGGAAGUGAUGCUGUCUAUGCUGAUGCACUCGUCUUCCAAAGACGUCUUCCAGGCAGCUGCGCAUGCUCUGUCCACUCUCUUGGAACAAAAUGUUAAUUUCAGGAAAAUCCUGUUGGCAAAGGGAGUAUACCUGAAUGUCCUGGAGUUGAUGCAGAAGCAUGCCCAUGCAUCUGAGGUGGCAGAGAGUGGCUGCAAGAUGCUGAAUCAUCUGUUUGAAGGAAGUAACCCUUCUCUGGAUACAGUGGCGGCAGUGGUCCCUAAAGUACUAUCAGUGAUGAGAGCCCAUGGGACAUCUCUGUCAGUCCAGCUGGAGGCGCUACGAGCUAUUUUGCAUUUUGCUGUGCCAGGAAUAUCGGAAGAAUCCAGGGAUGACUCUCAAUGCAAACCAAAUGUACUCAGAAAGCAGUGUUUCAGGACUGACAUCUACAAGCUGGUUCUAGCCGCUCUGAACAGGUUCAUUGGGAAUCCUGGGAUUCAGAAAUGUGGAUUGAAAGUAAUCUCUUCUCUCACACAUCUUCCUGAUGCCAUAGAGACAUUAUCCCUGCACGGUGCAGUUGACUCAGUCCUCCACACCUUACAGAUGUAUCCAGAUGACCAAGAAAUUCAGUGUCUGGGCUUACACCUUAUGGGGUGCUUGAUGACAAAGAAGAAUUUCUGCAUAGGGACAGGGCACCUCCUGGCAAAAAUUCUGGUUUCCACUUUGCAGCGAUUUAAAGAUGUUGCUGAGGUCCAGAAUACAGGAUUGCAGACAAUCUUGUCAAUCCUUGAACUGUCAGUAUCUUUCUCCAAGCUGCUAGUGCACUAUUCAUUCGAUGUGGUGAUAUUUCAUCAGAUGUCUUCCAGUGCUGUAGAACAAAAGGAUGAAAAGUUCCUCAACUUAUGUUGCAAGUGCUUUGCCAAAGUGGCUGUGGAUGAUGAGGUGAAAACCACGAUGCUAGAGAGGGCCUGCGAUCAGAAUAACAGCAUCAUGGUUGAGUGUUUGCUCCUCCUGGGAGCUGAUGCCAAUCAAGUGAAGGGGGCAACUUCCUUAAUCUAUCAGGUAUGUGAGAAAGAGAGCAGUCCUAAGUUGGUGGAACUGUUGCUUAAUGGUGGAUGCCGUGAACAAGAUGUACGGAAAGCUCUAACAGUAAGCAUUCAAAAGGGCGACAGCCAGGUCAUCAGCUUACUCCUGAGGAGACUUGCCCUGGAUCUGGCCAACAACAGCAUUUGCCUUGGAGGAUUUUGCAUAGGAAAAAUUGAUCCUUCUUGGCUUGGUCCUUUAUUUCCAGAUAAGUCAUCUAAUUUAAGAAAGCAAACAAACACAGGAUCUCUCCUAGCGAGAAAAGUGCUCCGGUAUCAGAUGAGAAAUACCCUUCAAGAAGGCGUGGCCUCAGGCAGUGACGGCAACUUCUCUGAAGAUGCAUUGGCAAAGUUUGGUGAAUGGACCUUCAUUCCCGACUCUUCUAUGGACAAUGUGUUUGGCCAGAGUGAUGAUCUGGAUAGCGAAGGCAGCGAGAGCUCAUUUCUCGUGAAGAAGAAGUCCAAUUCAAUUAGUGUAGGAGAAGUUUACAGAGACCUGGCUCUGCAGCGCUGCUCACCAAAUACCCAGAGGCAUUCCAAUUCACUGGGCCCUGUUUUUGAUCAUGAAGAUUUACUGAGACGAAAAAGAAAAAUAUUGUCUUCAGAUGAGUCUCUCAGGUCCUCAAGGCUGCAGUCCCAUGUGAGGCAAUCAGACAGCUCUUCUUCCCUGGCUUCUGAGAGAGAACACAUCGCGUCGUUAGACCUUUCUGCCAACGAACUGAAAGAUAUCGAUGCUCUGAGUCAGAAGUGCUGCUGCCUCAGUAGCCACCUGGAACAUCUCACCAAGCUGGAGCUUCACCAGAAUUCACUCACGAGCUUCCCACAGCAGCUGUGUGAGACCCUGAAGUGUUUGACACAUUUGGAUUUGCACAGUAACAAAUUCACCUCAUUUCCCUCCUUCAUGUUGAAAAUGCCAAGUAUCACCAACCUAGAUGUCUCUCGGAAUGACAUUGGACCAACAGUAGCUUUAGAUCCUGCAGUGAAGUGUCCAAGCCUCAAACAGUUUAACCUGUCCUACAACCAGCUCUCCUCCAUCCCAGAGAACCUUGCCCAAGUGGUGGAGAAACUUGAGCAGCUCCUACUGGAAGGAAAUAAAAUAUCUGGGAUUUGCUCUCCGUUGAGCCUGAAGGAACUGAAGAUUUUAAAUCUUAGUAAAAACCACAUUCCCUCCCUACCUGAAGACUUUCUUGAGGCUUGUCCUAAAGUAGAGAGCUUCAGUGCCCGCAUGAAUUUUCUUGCUGCAAUGCCUGCCUUACCUUCUUCCAUAACGAGCUUAAAAUUGUCUCAAAACUCUUUCAAGUGCAUUCCAGAAGCGAUUUUCAGUCUUCCUCACUUGCGGUCCUUGGAUAUGAGCCAUAACAACAUUGAAUAUCUGCCGGGACCUGCACACUGGAAGUCUCUGAACUUAAGGGAACUCAUUUUUAGCAAGAAUCAGAUCAGCACCUUAGACUUGAGUGAAAACCCACACAUAUGGUCAAGAGUAGAGAAACUGCAUCUCUCUCAUAAUAAACUGAAAGAGAUUCCUCCAGAAAUUGGCUGUCUUGAAAAUCUGACAUCUCUUGAUGUCAGUUACAACUUGGAACUGAGGUCUUUUCCAAAUGAAAUGGGAAAGUUAAGCAAAAUAUGGGAUCUCCCCUUGGAUGGACUGCAUCUGAAUUUUGACUUUAAACACGUAGGAUGCAAAGCCAAAGACAUCAUAAGGUUUCUACAACAACGUCUGAAAAAGGCGGUGCCCUAUAACCGAAUGAAGCUCAUGAUUGUGGGAAAUACGGGGAGUGGCAAGACCACUUUGCUGCAACAACUCAUGAAAAUGAAGAAAUCAGAACUUGGCACGCCGGGCGCCACGGUCGGCAUAGACGUUCGAGACUGGUCCAUCCAAAUACGAGGCAAAAGGAAAAAGGACCUUGUUCUAAAUGUGUGGGAUUUUGCAGGUCGUGAGGAAUUCUACAGCACUCACCCCCACUUCAUGACCCAGAGAGCUCUGUACCUGGCUGUCUAUGAUCUCAGCAAGGGGCAGGCAGAAGUGGAUGCCAUGAAGCCCUGGCUCUUCAAUAUCAAGGCUCGUGCCUCUUCCUCCCCAGUGAUUCUGGUGGGCACACACUUGGAUGUUUCUGAUGAGAAGCAGCGUAAAGCCUGCAUAAGCAAAAUCACGAAGGAACUCCUAAAUAAGCGAGGAUUCCCCACCAUCCGGGACUACCACUUUGUGAAUGCCACCGAGGAGUCGGAUGCGCUGGCAAAGCUUCGGAAAACCAUCAUAAACGAGAGCCUUAAUUUCAAGAUCCGAGAUCAGCCCGUGGUUGGGCAGCUAAUUCCAGAUUGCUACGUAGAACUGGAGAAAAUCAUUUUAUCAGAGCGUAAAGCCGUGCCAACUGAGUUUCCUGUAAUUAACCGGAAACACUUAUUACAACUAGUGAAAGAACAUCAGCUGCAGCUGGACGAGAACGAGCUCCCUCAUGCUGUUCAUUUCCUGAAUGAGUCAGGAGUUCUUCUGCAUUUUCAAGACCCUGCCUUGCAGCUAAGUGACCUGUACUUCGUGGAACCCAAGUGGCUUUGUAAAGUCAUGGCACAGAUUUUGACAGUGAAAGUGGACAGCUGUCUGAAACAUCCUAAGGGCAUCAUUUCCCGGAGAGAUGUGGAAAAAUUCCUUUCAAAGAAAAAGCGAUUCCCAAAGAACUACAUGAUGCAGUACUUUAAACUAUUAGAAAAAUUUCAGAUUGCACUGCCAAUAGGAGAAGAAUAUCUGCUGGUUCCAAGCAGCUUAUCUGACCACAGGCCAGUGAUAGAACUCCCCCACUGUGAGAACUCUGAGAUCAUCAUCCGGCUGUAUGAAAUGCCAUACUUCCCAAUGGGAUUUUGGUCAAGAUUGAUUAACCGAUUACUUGAAAUCUCACCUUUCAUGCUUUCUGGACGAGAGAGAGCACUCCGCCCAAACAGAAUGUACUGGCGGCAUGGCAUCUACUUGAAUUGGUCUCCAGAAGCUUACUGUCUGGUAGGCUCUGAAGUCUUGGACAAUCGGCCAGAGAGUUUCUUGAAAAUCACAGUUCCGUCUUGUAGAAAAGGUUGUAUUCUUUUGGGCCGAGUUGUGGAUCAUAUUGACUCACUCAUGGAAGAAUGGUUUCCUGGGUUGCUGGAGAUUGACAUUUGUGGGGAAGGAGAAACUCUCUUGAAAAAAUGGGCAUUGUACAGUUUUAAUGAUGGCGAAGAACAUCAGAAGAUCUUGCUUGAUGAGUUGAUGAAAAAGGCUGAAGAAGGAGACCUGUUAAUAAAUCCAGAUCAACCAAGGCUCACUAUUCCAAUAUCCCAGAUUGCUCCAGACUUGAUCUUGGCUGACCUGCCUAGAAAUAUUAUGUUGAACAACGAUGAGCUGGAAUUUGAGGAAGCACCUGAGUUUCUCUUAGGUGAUGGAAGUUUUGGAUCAGUUUAUCGAGCCGCCUACGAAGGAGAGGAAGUGGCUGUGAAGAUUUUUAAUAAGCACACAUCUCUUAGGCUUUUAAGACAAGAGUUGGUGGUACUUUGCCACCUCCACCAUCCCAGCCUGAUAUCCUUGCUGGCAGCUGGGAUUCGUCCUCGGAUGUUGGUGAUGGAGUUAGCUUCCAAGGGUUCCUUGGAUCGCCUGCUGCAGCAGGACAAAGCCAGCCUCACCAGAACCCUCCAGCACAGGAUUGCAUUGCAUGUGGCUGACGGCCUGAGGUAUCUCCACUCAGCCAUGAUUAUUUACCGUGAUCUGAAGCCCCACAACGUGCUGCUUUUUACCCUCUAUCCCAACGCUGCCAUCAUUGCAAAGAUUGCAGACUAUGGGAUCGCACAGUACUGCUGCAGAAUGGGUAUAAAGACAUCAGAGGGCACCCCAGGGUUCCGGGCACCUGAAGUUGCCAGAGGAAAUGUCAUUUAUAACCAGCAGGCCGAUGUUUAUUCUUUCGGCUUACUACUUCACGAUAUUUGGACAACUGGGAGUAGGAUCGUGGAGGGUUUGAGGUUCCCGAAUGAGUUUGAUGAGUUAGCCAUACAAGGGAAAUUGCCAGACCCAGUUAAGGAAUAUGGCUGUGCGCCAUGGCCUAUGGUUGAGAGGUUAAUUACAAAGUGUUUAAAAGAAAAUCCUCAAGAAAGACCCACUUCUGCCCAGGUCUUUGACUUUUUGAAUUCAGCUGAAUUAAUUUGCCUCAUGAGACACAUUUUAAUACCCAAGGACAUCACUGUUGAAUGCAUGGUUGCUACAAAUCUCAAUAGCAAGAAUGCGACUCUCUGGUUGGGCUGUGGGAACACUGAAAAAGGACAGCUUUCCUUAUUUGACUUAAACACAGAAAGAUACAGCUAUGAGGAAGUUACUGAUAGUAGAAUACUGUGUUUGGCUUUGGUGCAUCUUGCUGCUGAGAAAGAGAGCUGGAUUGUGUGUGGGACACAGUCUGGGGCUCUCCUGGUCAUCAAUGCUGAAGAUGAGACAAAGAGACACACCCUAGAAAAGAUGACUGAUUCUGUUACUUGUUUGUAUUGCAAUUCCUUUGCUAAACAGAGCAAGCAAAGUAACUUUCUUUUGGUGGGAACUGCUGAUGGUAACUUAAUGAUAUUUGAAGAUAAGACCAUUAAGUGUAAAGGAGCUGCCCCCUUGAAGACACUGCACAUAGGCGAUGUCAGUACGCCCCUGAUGUGCCUGAGUGAGUCCCUGAAUUCAUCUGAAAGGCACAUCACAUGGGGAGGGUGUGGCACAAAGAUCUUCUCCUUUUCCAAUGAUUUCACCAUUCAGAAACUCAUCGAGACAAGAACCAACCAGCUGUUUUCUUAUGCAGCUUUCAGCGAUUCUAACAUCAUAGCGGUGGCAGUAGACACAGCCCUCUAUAUUGCCAAGAAAAACAGCCCUGUCGUAGAGGUGUGGGACAAGAAAACGGAAAAGCUCUGUGAAUUAAUAGACUGUGUGCACUUCUUAAAGGAGGUGAUGGUAAAAAUAAACAAGGAAUCGAAACAUAAGCUGUCCUACUCUGGGAGGGUGAAGGCGCUCUGCCUGCAGAAGAACACUGCUCUCUGGAUCGGAACUGGAGGAGGCCACAUCUUACUCCUGGAUCUUUCUACACGGCGUGUUAUCCGCACCAUUCAGAAUUUCUGUGAUUCUGUGAGAGCCAUGGCCACAGCACAAUUAGGAAGCCUUAAAAAUGUCAUGCUGGUUUUGGGGUACAAGAGGAAGAGCACAGAGGGUACCCAAGAACAAAAAGAGAUACAAUCUUGUUUGUCUAUUUGGGACCUCAACCUUCCACACGAAGUGCAAAAUUUAGAAAAACACAUUGAAGUAAGAACAGAAUUAGCUGAUAAAAUGAGGAAAACAUCUGUUGAAUAGAAAGACGUGAGACAGUCUCAAUGUUAUUUUGAAUAAAACAUCAGACAUCCUUGCCAAUAUAUUGAAAAGGACAUCAGAUAGCCUCGCCACUAUAUUAGAAAACAUACUCUUUAAAAUAUAUUUUUAAAUGUUUACAUUGAAAAGAAUAUGCCUAUUCUUUACAAAACUCAUAUGUAUAUGAAGGAAUGUGUAUGUUUUACGUUUAACUUAAUAUAUGUAAAAUAUUUAUCAGCAAAUAUGUUUUAAAGAACUAUUUAAUUUAGUACUAUAUUUUCUAUACUCCUUAACUAAUUUGAAGGGAUAAGCAAAAGAAAUCUAUGAAGCACUUAAUUUCAGUAUUUAUACUAAAAUUAAUAAAAAAAAUCAUGUUUGUUUUGCUAUGCAUUGUGAAGAUAAAGUCUAUUUUAAAUUGUUGAUUAAGACACAAAUGUUGCUUGGUUAUCUAUGGACUCUGCAGAUUAAAAUAAAAAUAUUUGGGCAACUUCCCAUGUAAGAGACUCUUUCAUAUUUUGUUUUCAAGUGAAUUAUCAUUAUAAAUGUAAACUGUCAUAUUUUCACUAAUUAAGAUUUUUGUUAGGUC